AGCGAUAACUGAUCGAAUUCAUUUAUCGCGUAGCAUUCGGUUCAAUUUUCACCUGGUGCUUGUUUCGGUCAAGUCGACUUAGUGUGAAGGUGAUCAAGAUGAAGAUUUUCCUGUGCGUAGCUUUGAGCUGCGUCCUAAUGUAUCUCGUUGAGGCUGCGAUUCCGACAGAGAUGACUGUUGGUGUGAUGGAAGGUGCACCGCUUACAACAGCAGCUGCCCAAAAAACAUUGAUUCAAACCAACGCAGAAAAGUAUAUGGCGGAUCUCAAAAAACAACUUAACACAGGUGAAAAAUAUGACAUUAUUGUCCUCCCGGAAUAUGGACUUACCGGAAGAAACUAUGACGAAAAGAAUGCAAUAGAAAUAGAUAAGGACAACUCCUCAUCGAGUCCGGACUUGGAUUAUCUCAAUAAACUAGCGAGCCCGACAAUGAUAGUAGUGGCCAAUUUACUGGAAAAAGAUGAUGAUGACAUUUACAGUACCACAGUUGCUUUGGAUGGAAGUUCCAAAUUGCUGGCCAAAUACCGUAAGAUCAAUAUCAACAAAACUGAAGAUAACCUAGAAUCUGCCGAUGAUGUUGUCUCUUUUGUUCACCCCACAUUGAAGAACACAAUUGGUUUAAUAUCUGGUGACGAUAUCCUCUACGAAAAUCCAAUCCGUAAACUUAUAGAGAACAAUGCAACCACUAUCAUUUACACCAGUUCUAUGAGAUCCAUAGCACCAUUCAGUGUUUCUCUGAGUCUGCAGGCUGGCUUUGCUAAGGCUGAAGGGGUUAAUUUAUUGGUGGCUAGUCUAAGUGAUCCGAAGAAUGGAACAAGUGGAAGUGGAAUUUUCACACCUUGUGGAGCAGAAGCAUCAUUUAUAAAUGCAGACGGAUUAUCUAAAGCGCUUAAGGCAAAAAUAAGUGUAACUCCUAAAGAUUGUAAUGCUAAAACUCUCAGACACGGUUUCCGUACUACUUCACUUGGAACUGAGACACCUGUCCAAACACUACUCACCUACGAUUUGAAUGGCUUCACUACUCAGAUUGUGAACAAAAGUAUACAGAAUCAAGAGGUAUGCGAUGGCAGUUUUUGUUGUAAAUUCAGUAUAACAGCCGGUACAUGGAUUGAUAGCGAACAUUACAGGUUGGCAGUAGGUGGAGACGAUCAGAAAAUCUGUGCAUUGAUGUUCUGCAAGGAUGCUGCGGAUGAUAUAAAAAAUUGCGGAUUUAUUGAUAGUUCAGCUAAAGCUACAAUGACCUUCGACGAUAUAUCAAUUGGAACAACAGAGGAUGAGGAUUUGUUCAGGCCAUAUAUCCUACAUUCUAAUUUGGUCCCUGACGGUAAUAUUGGAAAAGUAACUUUUUCAGAGAUUUCUGAUGCAGGUACCAAUUUCACCGCCACUAAAGUAACUGACGCGAUUGCUGUAGGAAUAGUUUCCGCUAGAUCAGCGGCAAAUACGUUACAAAUUUUAACCACGAAUGUAGUCAUUCUGUCAGUUUUGUUGAAAUAUUUAUUGUGAAGAUUGAGAAAUAUGUGAAAGAGAUAACAAGAUCGAAUUGUUCUCGAUCACUGUUCAAACAAAUAUCUAUCUAAAAUUUCCUUUCAUGAAAAUGUAAAUAAAUCAAACAAAAAACCUAA